UCAAAAAUGACCAGUGAUUAUACUUGUUUAGUUUCCACACAAAAAAAUGCUUGAUCACUGAAUGAGACUAGACUAUAUAUUCCGGAAGUUAAAUGUCGGGACGAGCGAAAUUUGCCCUUGCGGAGCAUCACCAGAGAUUGCCGCCCAUGUCCUUCAAUGGUGCAUACUAAAUCAAGAGACCUGAACAAGACUCUAGACCCAAAACCCUCUUAUAGAAUCAAAACUAUUCCUAGAACUGCCUGAUCUGGAAACCACUGCGUGGUUCAUCUCAGAUAAAGGAUUACUGAUCUGAACCCUCCAACAUGUAAAAUGAGAAUGAAGAUGAAGAACAGAUGUAUGUGUACCCAAAUAGUGUGAACAACAGCCAAGAUUUUUUUUAAGUGUGGAAUUACAGCUUCUGGCACCCAUAAGACUCACGUGGAAGUACUGACUGGAACUUCUCUUUGAUGGAAUUAUGGCCUCAGGAGUAGAAUCAGCUUUUGCACUAAAUGGAACAAGGAAUAUCUAAAUUAGAAGCCCUUGGAUUUAGAGUUGGUCAAAGUCUCAUUGAAAGGUUAACUAAAGAAUGUUCUCGCUUUAAAGAUGAAUUGGACACAAUGAAAUUUCUAUGUAAAGACCUCUGGAAUCUUGUUUAUAAGAAACAAAUUGAUAAUUUAAGAACUAACCACCAGGGUGUUUAUGUUUUACAAGAUAAUAGGUUCAAAUUUUUAGUUCAAAUGUCAACAGGAAAGCAGUACAUGGAAUCUGCACCUAAGUAUUUGGCAUUUCCAUGUGGAAUGAUCAGAGGGGCUUUGUCUAACCUGGGUAUAAAUUGCAUCGUUACAGCUGAAGUCAGUGCUAUGCCUGCAUGUAAAUUUCAAAUUCAAAUACAGAGGUCAUGAUAAAGAAAAGCACAUCUAGAAUUUAGAUUGUAUGAAGAAACAGAGCUACCCAGUGUAGUGUGGUUAUGUGAUUGGCAUACUGAUGGGACAGUUUAACAUUGAAUCAAUUGAGUGAAUACAUUUGUGUGCCAUUAAAUGUGUUGAUUCCAUUAGCUCAGUUUCAAAACUGAAUAGUGACUCAAAUUUUUUUAAGUUAUUAUUGUUAUUAAAUAUGUACUGUAAAUAAAAUAUAUUUUAAAAAAUA